AAAUUAAUCACGUUCAUAAUUUUUCAUUCAAUUUACUCGCAAUGCAAAUGAGCUGUUUUCCUUCAACUUAGAUAGUAGAUUCGUAGAAAUGACUUCUGUGAGAUGUUUGUUUAUUUGUGGGGAUGAGACCAAAGUAUGUGAGCUAAAUACAGGAAGUGGAAAAUCUGACAUUUGUUCAGAAUUUCGCAAAAGUUUCGAUCUAUUAAACUUUGAGUUGCAAACAUGGGACAAAAGUUGGAAUGUUUGGGUCGAUGUGGGGGACGAGUUUACUUUGGAAGAUUCGACCAAGUUUCGAACUCGUCAAACCAAUCUAGGUGGAUUGGGGAACUUGGAAGCGAGCAGCUCGGUCGUGUUUUGUUGCGACAUGCAAGAACGGUUCCGACCGGCAAUCAAGUAUUUUGAUGAGAUUGUACAAGUGGGAGGGAGGGUGGUGAAAGCGGCUCAGAUUCUUAAUAUCCCAUUGGUCGUCACCGAGCAGUAUCCUAAGGGUCUAGGAAGUACCGUAAAAGAGUUGCACAUAUCGGGUCCCGAUGUACUCGCUGCAAAGACCAAGUUUUCAAUGUUAACAACAGAAGUGGAAUCUUUUCUUCGUUCAAAUCAAUUCAAGAGCGUUCUGUUGUUUGGUGUUGAGACGCACGUAUGUGUCCAACAAACUGCUAUCGAUUUAAUAUCUCGUGGAUAUGAAGUUCAUCUUGUAGCCGAUGCCACUUCAUCAAGAAGUUUAUCCGAUCGUCAACUUGCUUUUCAGAGAGUCCGUAAACUUGGUGUGUUCGUAACUUCAGCUGAAACCAUCUUACUUCAACUCGUGGCCGAUAAAAACCAUGGAAAGUUUAAAGAAAUUCAAAACCUGAUUAAAGUCCUACCCCCUGAUACUGGCCUCACACCCAAGAGCAAUAUAUAGUUGAUCUAUUUCAUUCCAAUUCUAAUUUUACUAUUUCUGCUGAUUAUGUUAAAACGACUGUCGUUUUGCUGCUAAUUUCCUUCUCUUCGUUGUUUGAAUUGAUCUGAACUUCGCUGUCGUAUUCGAAGAGAUAAAUAAAAAUUAUGUGUUACGUCUUACUAUCUUUGCGAAUAUUCAAAAAUAAAAAAACUGUUAAAGAAAA